GGAGCUCCGAUAUGGUCUGGAGCGUGGAGCAGUAUUGGAGCUCCACCGGCUGGUUCUUGCAUUCAGCUCCAUUUGUGCAGGCGGGUGGAAUCCGUCGUCAGUUGGCUUGUACAGUCGCGUUCGUGCGGUUGCUUCCAGUGCCGGGCUGUGGGUGCGGAAAGUGACAUUGUUGAGGCAACAGCUUGAGCUCUCGUGCAUUUGCGGGCAUCGGACGCAGACAGCAUAGCUUCGGAGUUCCUUUCGUGAUUUUUCGCCAACGCCGCGGAGGAGUAUUAUUUAGACUGUGCAAAUCCCAGUCACCGAUGCGGAGUAUUAGCCAGUUAGUGACUUCCGCAUUGCUGCCCCCGUUCCAUGUCCUGCUUCCUAUGUAGCCGGCUUGGUAAUUGUUGUCCAACUCUCUGCCCUUGGGUUGUCAGCUGGGUCUAUGACCGUGCAGUCCGGCAUUUCCUUCCGGGUCAGACUUUCUCCGCCGUCUCUGUCCAAGGAUCCUAAGAUUCGAGUGUCAAAAGAAAAAGCAUAGAAACUGCAAAGGAACUGUGUCCUGUGAGCUUCUCCUUCCACACAACGGCACGGAAGUGGAGGCGGCACAAAGGCUAUUGUGUAUUCAAAUCAGGCAGAACAGAUUCCCACACCAUUGUCGGGGAUGCGAGGACUCAUGAAAUUCAAGUGCGCCAUUAUCUGAUGCCUUUUUUUUACCAACGUUCUCCUUUUCCAUACGAUUCGGAUUCUUUCUGGUUGUUUUCGGUGUUGUCUUCUCGCUAUUUGGGGAUUUGGGCUAAGUUCAUCGGUCGAUGGUCGGUUGUCGGUGGGUCGCGCUGGGCGUUUUAGGUAGUUCCGGAUAAUUCUGUGAGUAUUCCGGGUUAGUGUUGACUGUUCUCUGUUGUGACUGCUCGGCAUCGUGCCUUGGUCUUCAGUUGUCGGUUACGUGCGUUGUGGGGGUGUUGCUGUCAGUAUAAUUUCAGAAUAAAAAUAUUUUAUGUAUGCCGGAAAAACAAGGACGCCUUCCCGGUUCGAUAGUCAUCAUUCCUUCGGUUUGGUUUUAUUGCUAAUGUCCUUGACGUGAAUUUUCGGUCUGAUGGUCAUUUGCUGUGUUCGGUUGUGUUUCCACCAGACAAAAGUUUCAUAUUAAAGGACAGUGUCAGAAGGGGAUUCCCCAUGUGUUGUUGGUGCUGCUUUUGAGAAAGAUUUGUGUUUUUCUUCUCAUAUGAAGAAAAUUUCACUAUCUGCAGACAAGAGAAAAAGUGGAGAAUACCAACUUGUCCUUGCAUUUCGUUGCACAGUUGUAUAGUCGACAGUCUUCGUGCAUUUAAGUAUGUCUGACCAUUUGAAAUAGUGCAGAAGAGCGCACGGCAUGAAAUAGUGUUGAAGUGCAUAGUGCAGUGUGCCACCUGGUGUGUUUGCAGAAGGAUAUUUUUAUGUGGUACAGGAAAUCACCGCCCAAGGCCCAAACAAUUAUUGUGUCUGGUAUUUUGCUGUGAAAAACAUUUGCUGGAGGAUAUUAAAACUGCGGAAGUGUGGAUAGAUGAUCCUAGUGCUUUCCUUAUUUCUUACUGGAAAUUUCGGAGCAUUUAUUGUUGCAGACUAUUGUUUUCGGCUUUGGAUAAGGUAGACGAAAAAUCAUCAGAUGAUCGUGCUCCUUCCACCGCAAGCGUGAUGCACAUUUAUUAAAAUUUACUGUACAGUUAAAAGCAACAUCUUGCAAAAUGUCGGAUAUUCUGAACGAGGAUCCUGAUCGCCUUCUGAAUGAAUGGCUGGGCGAAUUGGAAAAUCUAAUUGUGGGAUUAGAGAUUCCAUCAACAACAUCCCUUAUCACCCCCAACACAACAACUCAAAUACCAGCUCGAUUACGACCACGAAGUCAAGCAUCUUCGGAACGUACAAAUUCGUAUCGUUUUUCAAUGGCCAACUUGGAGGAGACACAUGAAUCUGAAUUAGAUGCCAUAUUGGGAGAACUUAGCCUGUUGGAGCAGCGUAGUUCAGACCUACGACAUGGACGAAGUCACAGUCGAUCAAACUCAACUGUAUCGGGUGCAACAAAUUCCACGAUUUCAUCGUCAUCUGAAAGUGGAACCGGAUCAGAUGGCGUUUUGCGUGAGCCACGCACUGAAAGUCCUGACAAUGAUUCAGCAUUUAGCGACACAGUAUCUUUACUGUCGAGCGAAUCAUCAGCUUCUAGUGGUGUUAGUGCAGCAUUGUUGAAAAAUCAUCAAAACAGUAACAAUAAUAAUAAUAACAACAAUGGCGGGAAUCUACCUCAGCAGAUGGAUAGUGCAAAGGCUGCAAAAAUUCAGUUGGCUCUUCAGAAGUUGGAACAUGCCUCUAUUCGGCGACUAUUUGUUAAGGCGUUCUCUUCGGAUGGAGCUUCGAAAUCUUUGCUAGUUGACGAACGAAUGACCUGCGGACAUGUGACUCGUUUAUUGGCGGAUAAGAAUCAUGUUCAGAUGGAACCACAUUGGGCACUAGUUGAACAUUUGACGGAUUUCCAGAUGGAACGCCUCUUCGAAGAUCACGAACUACUCGUUGACAACCUAAUGAUGUGGAGUCCAGAUUCAAAAAAUCGUGUCCUAUUCUUACAACGUUCAGACAAAGUGAAUUUAUUCAUCAGACCGGAAAGAUUUCUACCAGGAACCCAAAUGGCACCUGGUAGCGAGCACGACGAGCAUACACGUGGUAUGCUAUUAGAUGAAUUUUUCACAACUGGCGGUCAAAUUUCAAUGGACGGACCGCUAUAUAUGAAAAAUGAUGCUAAAAAAGGAUGGAAACGAUACCAAUUCGUUCUACGAGCUUCUGGCUUAUACUAUUUCGCCAAGGAGAAAUCACGUUCGCCACGUGAUCUAAUAUGCCUUACACUAUUCGCUGGACAUGAAAUCUACAGGGGACUUGGAUGGAAAAAGAAACACAAAGCGCCGACAGAUCAUACGUUCGCUUUGCGUUCACCUAAGGAUCCUUUUACAGCGAAAUCUUGUCGCUAUUUGAAAAUGUUGUGUGCUGAAGAUGCUGAGACUUUAGAGAAAUGGGUUACAGCCAUACGUAUUGCAAAAUACGGUAAACAAAUCUACGAUAAUCACAAGGCGCUUAUUGAAGAUUUGACACGUGAAGAACUCGACAAAUUUUCUUCGGCACGAAGUUCAUCGAUUGGAAGCAUAAUCUCGUCAGUUCCUUCGCAAUGUAGCGGCAUGAAUGUAGUUCCUCCGUCAUCCUCAUCGUCUAAUGGACGACUAUCGCGUGCAUCAAGUUCCAGUUCAAGUGGCUGUCUAUCCGACGACAAUAAUGGCUUCGAUUCCGAAUUUACUACGGGAACAAUAAAAAGGAAGCCCUCGAUGAAACCGAAUUUGCCAUUGACUUCAAUGACAAGGCAGUUGAAGGAGGUAGGCGAAACAACCGUAGUAGAUAGUAGCAAUCCUACGUCACCAGAACGUAGUGGAACUCUAACGCGACGUCACAGUCGUCGCAGAAGUGAAGAAAGUAACAACAGUGGUACAUUGAAAAGAAGGCAACCAGCAAAUCGAGGUUCAAUUGAGAGUAUGAACUCAUCGAAUGCAUCUACGCCAACCCCGACCCCUGGUACGCCUGUAGGAACACCCCUGAUGAUUAGUACUCAGCAACAGCAGCAACCAAGUGCAAUUGUUAGUCCAUUAGAACAGAUGCCGUCGAGUAUGACUGAUUCUACAUUUUCCCUACCCCCGCCGCCGGAGGACUACGAACCAACCCUUUCCGGCUCGACAUUCUCUUUGGAUUCUUUACCUCCACCUCCGCCACCCAGCGAACUUAUUGCUGUAGCAGCAUCCGAAUUGAGUGGAUCUCAACUUUCAUUAGUUAGCCUUCCUCCGCCACCCCCUCCAGAAGUCACGGCGGCAUAUUUGCCGACAACAACGGCAUCAACGCCAGUUCGGCAACCUUCGAUUGCAUCUGAACCACUCAAUGAGGCGCCUCCCAAGAAGAUCAUUUGCAGUCAGACUCUACCACCUCAAGAAGUAAAGAAGGAACCUGUCGCUCCUACAUCAAAAACAAUGAAACCGCAAUCUGUUUUGAAAGCUCCACCCUACAAGUCGCCGCCUGCAUACAAUGGUACUACUCCCAGCAAACCCGCUGCCAUAACGCCAACUCCUGCAAAAACUGUCUCCUUCGCUGAUUCUCCAGUUCUUUUGCGUCGCAAAGUCUCCUUCGAGGAUCAAGUUCAACAGCAAAUGUCACCACGUCGAGCUCCAUCCAUACCAUCGCGAGAUUUGUCUGCUCCUGCUCCACCGCCUCGUGCAGAGGCUACACGCCUUUCCACAAUCAUAACAUCUCCGAAACGAUUGACAGAUUCUGCAUCAAAUCCACCUCGGGACUUCCUGAAAGAUCUGCAGCGAGUCAUGCGGAAAAAGUGGCAAGUUGCCCAAAAAUGCAAGUUGGAACCUGCAACUACUCCACAUGAAGUCCUCGGCUUCCGUGACUUUACAGAUGAAUUUGGAAACAGUCAUUCAUCUCAUUACUAUCGCGAAACAGCGAACGUCAGCAAUUGGGUUCAAGAGCAUUAUGGCAAUACUACGGGCGAGUAUGCCCUCUAUGAAAAUGUCGGAAAUGACGACCUUAUGGUGAAUAAUGAUUUUAUAUCCGCCCAACCUAUUAAACAACCGCCUGCACAAAUUGCUCCGCCCCAACCUGUACUAGCAACAAUUAAAAAGCGGCCACCACCGCCGCCGCCGAAACGCAGCGAGUCAACACAGCUUACGCACAGAGUUUAGAGGAAUGUUUAGGUACAGUUUAGGUUGAUAUGUCGAAUCAUGAAUUAGGGGUCGAUUAGGAGAGAUGCAAUGGAAGCGUGAACGGAUGAGCGCGGAUAUCUGUUUCUCGAAAUAAAUAAAAAAUAUUCGCUUAUAAGUUUUUAUACAUACACAUGAAAGCAAACAAAUUUUUGACUAUUAUAUAAUGAACGAAAAAUAUUUUUUCUUUGUAAAUAUAUUUGAAAUAUAAGUCUAAAAAGAAUGUGAUUAACUACUUCCGAUAGAAGUAACUCUCUUUUCGAUUUUUGCUAUUUAAUGUACACUCUGAUCUUACGUCGAGUUCGUAACAGUUAUUUCCAAUUUUACUUGAAACCUGAGUUUUCCAAGAAGCGUUACAUUGAUGAGUUUAGAAGGGAAAAGCAACUGAGGAUGCGAAUGCUAUUAAUUAAACACGAUUUUUACUCGAAUUUGCAAUUUGGUAAAGUAAAACACAUUUGAAUAUUGAAACCCUAAAGAGGAAAGUUUUAAACUAUCACAAAAAGAACGUUCGGAUAAAAGAUGAAAAGUUUCCUUUACUCAGUUGGAUCUUUAUUAAUUUUAUUAGUAAUAUUUCGUUCUAGGUUUAUUGUUUUAAUGAAAUCAAUUAAGUAAAUAUACAAUAUUAUCAUAGCGACUUAAUCCCAAUUCUAUUUUGUUCCCUGUUCAGUUUUAAGCUAUUUAAGAGGAAGCCUGUCUAUAGAAAUCUAUUAGAUACCAAUAAAUAAAUUGUGUGGAAAGAGCGAAAUAUAUUCAAAGCAAAACAAACAAA